AUGUGUCAACAUUUAGGCGAGGAAGGGCUAUCCGCUGCGUCGGAACCAUCAGUGCACGAUGGAUCGGAUGUCUCCGAACCUUUCCCCUGGGACGUUGGAGUCUUCGACGCCCACUGUCAUCCAACCGACACGAUGACGUCGGUAGCAAGUAUACCGGACAUGAAAGCACGUGCUCUAACCGUCAUGUCAACACGAUCCCAAGACCAAGACCUUGUGGCCAAUGUGGCCUCUAAGCUUGGCGUUAAAGACUCGGACUCAUUUAUCUCGUCGUCUUCCGCAGAAGACCGUUUAGUUCCUUGUUUUGGUUGGCACCCGUGGUUUUCUUACCAAUUCUACGACGAUCUCUCUGCUGACCCAACCUAUGAUGGAACACCAUCUGGUAAAAUCUCACACUAUGAUAAAGUGUUAACCCCGUCGCCUUCAUCAAAAGAUGUAUCCUUUAGCGAGGGUCUUCCGGAGCCACGGCCCCUUUCCGACUUUCUGCAGGAGACCAAGUCCCGCUUGGAACAAUAUCCUCUUGCUCUCGUUGGUGAAAUUGGCUUAGAUAAAGCAUUUCGGCUUCCCCAAAGCUGGACAUCGACCCACGAAGUUCAACGCGAUGCGGGUCUUACGCCCGGCGGCCGCGAAGGCAGAACACUUAGCCCAUACCGAGUGCAGAUAACCCACCAGGCUGGAAUUCUCGAAGCCCAGCUGCGGCUCGCAGGUGAGAUGGGCCGCGCGGUAAGUGUCCACGGAGUUCAGGCACAUGGUGUGGUUUAUGACACCAUAUCCAAACUCUGGAAAGGACACGAAAGACCAGUAACAUCAAGAAGAGAGAGGAAACAGAUUGCUGAAGGGGCGGAAGAUUUCUCUAGUUCAUCUUCAGAUGAAGAUGAAGAUUAUGCUACGUUUAUCAACAGAAGAAAAGAAAGGGCAGCGAAACAGGGUCGCAUUAAGCAGGGACCGAAGCCUUACCCCCCGCGGAUUUGUAUGCAUUCUUUCAGUGGUCCUGUUGAUGUUGUUAGGCAAUACCUUCAUCCCUCGGUGCCAGCAAAGGUUUUCUUCUCGUUCUCAAUUGUGAUAAAUUGGAGCACGGGAGGUGGAGAUAAAGCCGAGGAGGCAAUCCGCGCCAUCCCUGAUGAUCGUAUAUUAGUUGAGAGUGAUUUACACACGGCAGGUGAGCAGAUGGACCAGUAUCUAGAACAAGUAUGCAGGAAGAUAUGUAAGGUCAAGGGAUGGGAACUCCGUGAGGGGCUUGAAAAACUGGGCAGGAACUGGAAGGAGUUUAUAUUUGGGUAG